AUGGUUUGGGCGCAUCAACACGGUGGAACCACCUUUAUCACCGUUGCUGAGCUCGCCUCCGUUAGUACUGAGUACCGGGCUGAAGCCUCAGCCAUAUCUAUAGAGCCAUCGGUCCUAUCGACAGCUGAUACUCCAUCAGACACCACGACUAUUACCUCUUCCUCAUCUUCAACCCCAUCUACCUUCUCCACAUCUACCAAGACAUCCAUUUACUCAGCUGACUUAGCCUUGCCAACUUAUCCCUGGGGAGGCUCGUACGAAGACAAAGUUCUGUACAGUCAUAACAUUCACCGAGUCAACCACACAGUGUCGAACCUAGUGUGGAAUGACACUCUAUCAGGUGCAGCCUAUUACUGGGCAACAAAAUGCAUUUUCCAGCAUAACACUUCUGGCUUCGGUCAAAACCUAGCUGCCAGCGCCCCAGACGCAACUAUUUCUCAACAUAUCUCUGGCUUAUGGUACAACAAUGAGGAGGGAUACUACGCGUCUUCCUACGGGCAGGCCAACCCUCCUGGUGGCCCGGUCACUGGACAUUUUACACAAGUCGUUUGGAAAGGAACGAAGACCGUAGGGUGUGCGACUAUUGAUUGUAGGGAUGAACCUUUGGGAAUGUGGUAUACUGUCUGUAACUAUUAUCCACCCGGUGCGUAUACCUUGUGGCUUCAAAUGUUUGGUUGA